CUCCCACCGACAGCGCACCAGGACCCAGCCAGCUCGUUGCCCUUGGUCUCCCUUCCGUCUCCGAGACUUCUGUGACCCGGACCACAGGACCCAGAAGCUCUCCACAGAACAGCUCUCCCUUCUGUUUGCAGCCUGUUCCUGCAUCUAACCCGCUGGGACCCUUGAACCGUAGAGACCCCGGGACCACCGAGCUGAUGGCAUCUUCCGCUCCUUCGUCUGCAACCUCCUCGAACGCGGGAGCAGAUCCUAAUACUACCAACCUGCGCCCUACAACAUAUGAUACUUGGUGUGGUGUAGCCCAUGGAUGCACCAGAAAACUGGGCCUGAAGAUCUGUGGUUUCUUGCAAAGGACCAAUAGCCUGGAAGAGAAGAGUCGCCUUGUGAGCGCUUUCAGGGAGAGGCAGUCCUCCAAGAACCUGCUUUCCUGUGAAAACAGUGACCCGGGUGCACGCUUUCGUCGCACAGAGACUGACUUCUCCAACCUGUUUGCUCAAGAUCUGCUUCCGGCUAAGAAUGGGGAGGAACAAACUGUGCAGUUCCUGCUGGAGGUGGUGGACAUACUCCUCAACUACGUCCGCAAGACGUUUGAUCGUUCCACCAAGGUGCUGGACUUCCACCACCCACACCAGUUGCUUGAAGGCAUGGAGGGCUUUAAUUUGGAGCUGUCUGACCACCCUGAGUCUCUGGAGCAGAUCCUGGUUGACUGUAGAGACACCCUAAAGUACGGGGUUCGUACAGGUCAUCCUAGAUUUUUCAACCAGCUCUCUACUGGUUUGGAUAUCAUUGGUUUAGCUGGCGAAUGGCUGACAUCAACUGCCAAUACCAAUAUGUUUACAUAUGAAAUUGCACCUGUGUUUGUUCUCAUGGAACAGAUAACACUUAAGAAGAUGAGAGAGAUCAUUGGAUGGUCAAGUAAAGAUGGUGAUGGGAUAUUUUCUCCUGGUGGAGCCAUAUCCAACAUGUACAGCAUCAUGGCUGCUCGCUACAAGUACUUUCCAGAAGUUAAGACAAAGGGCAUGGCAGCUGUGCCCAAACUCGUCCUCUUCACCUCAGAACACAGUCACUAUUCCAUAAAGAAAGCGGGGGCUGCACUUGGCUUUGGCACCGACAAUGUAAUUUUGAUAAAGUGCAAUGAAAGGGGGAAGAUAAUUCCAGCUGAUUUAGAGGCCAAAAUCCUUGAAGCCAAGCAAAAGGGAUAUGUUCCCCUCUAUGUCAAUGCAACUGCAGGCACAACCGUUUAUGGCGCUUUUGAUCCAAUACAGGAGAUUGCAGACAUUUGUGAGAAAUACAACCUUUGGCUCCAUGUAGACGCUGCCUGGGGUGGUGGACUGCUCAUGUCCCGGAAGCACCGCCACAAACUCAGUGGCAUAGACAGGGCCAGCUCAGUCACCUGGAACCCUCACAAGAUGAUGGGCGUGUUGCUACAGUGCUCGGCCAUUCUGGUCAAGGAAAAGGGUAUACUCCAAGGAUGCAACCAGAUGUGUGCAGGAUACCUCUUCCAGCCAGACAAGCAAUAUGAUGUCUCCUAUGAUACCGGGGACAAGGCAAUUCAGUGUGGCCGCCAUGUAGACAUCUUCAAGUUCUGGCUGAUGUGGAAAGCAAAGGGUACUGUGGGAUUUGAAAACCAGAUCAACAAAUGCCUGGAGUUGGCCGAAUACCUCUAUGCCAAGAUUAAAACCAGAGAAGAAUUUGAGAUGGUUUUUGAUGGUGAGCCUGAGCACACAAAUGUCUGUUUCUGGUACAUUCCACAAAGCCUCCGAGGGGUUCCAGACAGCCCUGAGCGACGAGAAAAACUGCACAGGGUGGCUCCCAAGAUCAAAGCCUUGAUGAUGGAGUCGGGGACAACCAUGGUUGGCUACCAGCCUCAGGGGGACAAAGCUAACUUCUUCCGGAUGGUCAUCUCCAACCCAGCCGCCACCCAGUCUGACAUUGACUUCCUCAUUGAGGAGAUAGAGAGGCUGGGCCAGGACCUGUAAUCCCCUUUGCCAAACCAGGGUCCUCAGCCAUGCCCUUUCCCGUCUGGCACCCUUCAGUAGCUGACACACCCCAGCCAUUUCGCUGAAGGAAAUGGUAAUCUCUUGAAGAAUAUUUGUCACAAACUCACACAAGCUUGUUUGUUAGCAUUAGCAGGAAAUAAUGUCCUUUUAAAAAACUGCACAUUAGGAACACAGUAUAUAUGUACAGUUAUAUAUAUAUACCUCUCUCCAUGUAUAUGUAUGUAUAGUGAGCGUGGCUUAGUCCUAGACCACAGCAUGUUUCCCGUCCCCCAGAGAAUUAGCCUCACCUCCUGAAAUUAUUAAGAGGCUAACUGCAGGACAGAUGGCACCCGCACGGCUGUGUCCUAGGGACCCAGGGGUAUGCUGCUGGUGGGAGCCUACCUCCCUGUUAGAGCUGUUCCCACCUGAAGGGAUGGAUGAUGAAUGACAGAAAGUACCAGUAGAUGACAAGUGUCACACCCUCCCUGUUAGUACCCUGCUAGGGGAAAUAGUAGCAGAGUCUGUCACAAUCGUGCUGUUGCUGUUUUUAGAGAUUAAUUUGUGUAGACUGUGUAUC